UUCCUUACUGUUCUUUUGGAAACUUGUCAUUGUCAGUAUCGAGAAGGUGAGAAUAAACCCAACUCGGUUCGCAUUCUGACUGAGGAAGAAGGUAAGGAAUUUCCUUUUCCGUCCCUGACGGUCGAGAAAGCAACCCAAAUCUCCCCAAAAAUAGAUUACCAACGACAACAUAUUCAACUUUUUUGGCUUAAUCUGACCCAAAAAAAAGAACAAGAAAUCUACCAUUUAGUCCAACAAGUUAAUAAAUUAAUCAAUUAUCUCCCCCAAUUGUUCAGUAUUUUUGAGCAUGAUACUAGACGAUUAAGAUUCAAAUUAAGUUUUGCCGAAUUAGAGCGAGAUUGCUAUUUGGAAAAUUGUCGGGAACUACUUAGCCGAACCCAGCAAAAAGAAAGUAUUUUAGAAACUGAGAACCAAAAUCUUCAACAAUUAGCCAACCAACAAGAGCAAUUAAUUAACCAAUUAGAAAGCGAAAAGUCCGAGGAAAAAUUAAUUUUCACUAAUCAAGUGGACGAAUUGGAGGAAAAGAAAGAGGAGAUAAAAAGAUUACAAGCCGAGAUAAAGGUUCGGGAACUAGAAAAAGAGUUAGAGUUAACCCAAACCCAGCGGGAUUGUCAUUGGAACGCCUUAGCCAAAGCCCAAGAAUGGCGGGAAAGACAGUUAAACCAAUUAGCUGCCCAAGACCAUGAGACCUUAGCCAAUUUCUACCGCGAAGCGAAACGACAAAUCAGCGAAUUGCAGGAUUUAAUUAGUCAAAAAAAUAAUUCCUUAACUACUCUAACCAACAAAAAACAAAAAGCCACCCAAAAAAUUAAGGAGUUAGUUCAGGAAAAAACUCAAUUAAGCCAAGAAUUUGCCGCUGAAAGUGAAAGUCUACGGGAUGAAUUAGAAACUGCCUUAAUUGAUAAGAAGAAGGCUAUUGCUGAGAAGGAUCAAACCAUUAACCAACAGCAGCAAACUAUCACCAAAAAAACGGCUUACAUUAAUAAGCAACAGCAGCAAAUUACUAAUUUAAAGAAAAGUAAAACCGAACUCCAAGCCACCCAAACCAUUUUAGCCAAAAUUUUAGUGGAAAUAAACUCUGAUUUAGAUAAUGAGAAUUGCUGUGCCAAAGGUGAUUAUGAAGAAAUUAAGCAAGAAAACCAGAAAAAAGAGCAAAAAAUAGGAGAAUUGGAGCAAGAAAUUAGAGAACUAAAAAAUAAGCCGCCGGUGAUUAUUACUAAAACUGAAACUUCAUCUCCAAAGAAAAGCACGGAAGAAAAACCAAACCAACCUACUGAAAUUGGCGAAAGUUUAGCCAUUAUUAAAGCCGCUGAUUUAAAAAUGUUCCACCGUCUUGGGAUUACCUUAUCCCCAAAAUUAUCCCAGCAAAUUCAACAAGCUGAUAAUUACCAAGCAGUAGUGAAUUUCCGUCAGCAAAUAAUUCAAGAAUAUUUAGGGCAAAAAGACAAUCAAUUACAAACCAUUAGCCAAGAAAAAACCAGUUUAAUUAAUUGGCAAAAAAACGAAAGAACAAUUUUUAUAAUUUCUUUAAUGGUCGGACUAUUAGCCACCGUGUUUUUAACGGGAAAAUUAAAAAAGGCUCAGAAAAUUAACAAAAUCUCGCCAGGAACACCGAAGCAUUAA